ACAAAUUUAGCUUUUCAUAUAUUUUAUCUUUGUUAUUCACUGGACCUUAGAUAGCUCUCGGAUACAACACUGUACAGAGGAUUUACGAAGACCUUAGAAGAACAAGAUUCAGAAACCUGAACUAUUAUAAUGGACGACAUACGAGCACAAAUAAGAGCCGCUGCCUUAAACAGGCACCCGGAAUGGCACAGCAGUGUCGGAUUUAAAUGGGAGCGAUUUGUAGACAGUAUUUUAGACGCAGCUGAGGAUGGAGACAGCGAUGAUGGAGAAAGGUAUGUUCUCGAUGGCUUUUAUUCUGAGCGUGGCUCCAAGAGACACAGAAGAAUAGGGGGCGGUAAGAGGUAUGCACAUGCAGGAUUCUUUAGAGCCGAACACCGGAACGGUAGAUACAGGACACACGUUAAAAGUCCAUAUGCGCACGCAAUGCAUAAAUCAACUUGCAUCGGGCAUGAGGUGAGGGCUGGUGUCUCUGCGUGCAGCCUUGGAGUGCAAUAUGGACACCAACUAGAGGUUUCAAUGACCGGGCCGUAUGCUGGGGCAGAAGCGCACGCUAAAUAUACCGGGGUUGGUGGCGGACUCUACGCGGGAUUAGGAAAAGUAUUUGCAAGGGCUGGUCCGAUAACUGUAAGUGCUGGAUAUGACAUUGAUACUGAAGCUAGAGUAGGUCUAGAUGGAGUAAAACUGAAAGUGUUUGGAACUGGAAUAAACAUAGGAAGUAAUGGCAUAGAAGCCAACGUAUUAGGGAUGGGAAUUGGUUUAAAUGCACCAGUAUUGGAACCAAUUACCUUAUAAGAUCCGAAACCCUUCGGAAAAGUGAACUUGCAACUAUUGUCGUUUUCCAAAUUUUACGUAUUUUGUGGCAAAUUAUGAUAAAAUUGAAAAGGAGUAACAAAUAAAGUAUUAUUCACAUUAAAAACGAAACAUCACUAGAAAUUUUGGCACAUAAUUUGCUUAUUUUAGAUCAGGAAGGUAGUUUAUUCCUCAUCAUAGAAAAACAGCGGCGGCUUAUGAUAAUAUUCAUCGUAUAGUGAUAAAAUGUAUACCAU